CUUCCGCUGUGGCGACGGGCUCGGAUGGGGACAGCGAGCGAAAACGUGCUGACAGUGCCCGUGCCCCUGUUACCCGCCUUCUUGUUCUGUCCUAAGCUUCCGCUAAGGGGCUGGGCAACCCCUGGAGAAUAGCCUAAACCACCUUCUCGAAGGAGAUAGAUCGCUGACCUGUAGAUUGUUGGUCGAGGCUGAUUGGAUUGCGCGAGGCAUUUUCAUCAAUUCAUCGCUUUAUAAAGUUCAGUGCAGGUGCUGCUGCAGUUGGGUAUGUUUUGAUUGGAUUCUCGUAUUGCUUUUGGAUGAAUUGCAUGAUUUGAAAUGGAAUCCAGAGAGGGAGCUCCGGUUUUGGGUGGACGACUAGAUGCAAGGAGGAAAAUUGACUCAAAAAACUGUGUGACGCGCAACACGAUUUGCUUCUUUGAUCAUUUAUCAAUUAAGGAUUGCCCAACAAUUUGAGCCUCGAUCUCUGAGACGCCUAUUGUUGAAUUAUUUAUUGUAGGUGAAAGUAAUGUACUAAGUGCUGUUCUGGAACUCUGCAUUCCACAGCCCUACAUAUUUAAACUACUGACAUCUGUCCUCCUCCUUUCUUUCCCUACUAUUCUCUAUAUUUGCGAUAUCACAUCUUAGGGUACUUCUCCCUUCGGACAAGGUAAAGUCUUCGAAAGCAAGAUAGUCACCAUUCUUGAAAUCGCUCUAUUACAAGAUAAGGUGUGUCCACUUUUCACGUGUUUCUGAGACAAAGGGUCCUAACUUGCAAGAAAGCUCAGAAAGGAAUGGAAUCAGUCAAACGCAACAAGGACGGAACGGAGGUUCAUCUCACAGACGAGUACAAAAGGCUCAUUGCUCUCCUCCGCCAAGGAGCUGCAGAGAUUGUCGAAGCUCUCCACGAUGUCCUACGAAUCCUAGGCGAGGGCGACCCCGAUGCAACUGCAUCGUUCCAUCCUCCUGUUAUCAACGAUUAUCCCGGCAUAUCGAGGGACAACCUGGUUCGAUAUACGAGGCUUCUGCUCGAGGCUAUGGAAAGGGUUCGAGACCGUAAUUGGGACACUACAACCUGGGAAGAAGACUAUGAACUCUUGACGAACCCAUUCGGCGAGGCAUGGCACCUCGAUCUGUGGAACGGUCUCCACGAUUUGCAGAUCAAUGUAGGCGAGACCAAUGGGUCCUACCGACCAGUCUAUCAUUGGGGUUUGUUUGCACGAAAUGAGCCGACCUGGCCGGCCGAUCAUCCAGAUCCGCGAGAGGAGGUGGAAGUUAUCCGCACAAUUGAUAGGUACACUUCAAGUCUGGUCGGUCUGCGUAAUCAGGCAGACAGUAUCCAGGACAGUCAGAGGUCAGGAUGGCUAACUGCAAUUGAUUGGCUGGGUACCUUCCUCGGCGGUGCAAGCCGGGGGGGACGUGGGAACGCUGGGCAGAGUGGGAAGGGUGGAAAACGCUAGCAAAGCGAAGCAGUUCGUUGAGGAUGCAGAAGAGCACACUUCGUUUUAUCACAGUAGCAGCAAGUAAUGUACAGUAACAGGCAAAGAUGACACAGAAGAAAUGCAAUUCAGAC